AUGCCUCCUAUACGACGAAGCAGUCUAGGUAGAAUAACCCGAAAUGCUACCAACCAAGCUAAUUACCGAUCUAACCAAAGUAAUCAAGAACGUGACGACCGAAAUGAACGUGAAAGAAUUUGGAUAUCACAAACGCGUGAAGUGCGAACGCGAAAUUCAACUAAUAAUCGCGCAAGUUUGAAUCGAGCUGCUUUUAGUUACGAUGUGUCAAUUGACUACAGUAACUACCAGUGUGUUAUUAUUGAUUCUAUGAACUCAGUUUGCUCAUAUUGUAAGGCUUUGAAAUACAAAAACGAGGCCAAUGGUUUGUGUUGCGCAAAUGAUAAAGUGAAAUUGAUACCAUUGGAUCCACCACCAGAGCCGUUGUACUCAUUGGUUUCAGGAAUAGGAACAGAUUUCAUACACUUUUUGACAAAUAUCCAACAAUAUAACAAUUGUUUUCAAAUGACUUCAUUUGGGGCAACAAAUGUAGUUCGGGAAAGUUUUAUGCCAACUUUCAAGAUGCAAGGUCAAAUAUAUCAUAGAUCAGGUUCACUAUUACCAGUGUCAGAUAGCAACUACAAAUUCUUACAAAUUUAUUUUAUGGGCAAUUCAACACAAGAAAUUGAUAUGCGUUGUGCAAACAACAAUUUAAUAAAGAGGUAUAUUGUAGAACAAUUACAAACUUUAUUUCAUGAACACAAUCAAUUGAUUAUAUUGUUUAAAACUGCACUGGACAUGAUGCCAUCUGAUAAUUACAAAAUUGUAAUCAAAGCUGAUAAAACACCUGCGGGUCAACAUGCAAGACUUUUUAAUGCACCAACAAUUGAUGAAGUUGCUAUCGUUGUAAUUGGAGAAAACUUGGAAUCCCGUGAUAUUGUUUUACAUCGUCGGAAUGAUCGAUUACAACGUAUAAAUGAAACACACCGCUCAUAUGAUGUACUACAAUAUCCCAUUAUAUUUUGGCAAGGUGAAGAUGGAUAUGAUUUCUCAAUAAAAAUGAUAAAUCCAAUUACAGGUUCUGAAACAAACAAAAAAGUCAGUUCAAUGAACUAUUAUUCAUACCGCCUAAUGAUUCGGGAAAAUGAAGACAAUCACAUAUUGAAAUGUCGGCGAUUAUAUCACAAAUAUGUUGUUGACAUGUAUGUUAAAAUUGAAACGGAGAGAUUAACAUUCAUCAGGUUGAAUCAGACCAAACUCCGAUCUGAAGAGUAUAUUCACCUUCGAGAUGCGAUUAAUACUGAUGGAAAUACACAGAAUGUUGGUCGGAUGAUUAUUCUUCCAGCAACAUACAUCGGAAGCCCUCGACAUAUGCACGAAUAUGCUCAAGAUGCCAUGUCGUAUGUUCGUCAUUAUGGUACAGCAGAUUUGUUCAUCACAUUUACAUGCAAUCCGCAAUGGAUAGAAAUCAAUCAGGAGUUAUUCUCUGGGCAAUCACCCAUUGAUCGUCAUGAUAUUACAGCCAGAGUCUUUAGACAAAAGUUGAAAUCUUUAAUGGAUUUCAUCGUAAAACAUAAUGUGUUUGGUGAGACACGCUGCUGGAUGUAUUCUGUGGAGUGGCAGAAACGAGGAUUGCCACAUGCACACAUUUUGAUUUGGUUGGUUGAAAAUAUAAAGCCAAAUGAAGUUGAUGCAGUGAUAUCAGCUGAAAUCCCUAAUGUACAAGUAGAUCCUGAAUUGCAUGAGGUUGUUAUCAAAAACAUGAUACAUGGUCCAUGUGGAACUCUUAAUCAAAAUUCACCGUGUAUGAUGGAUGGUAAAUGUUCAAAACGAUAUCCACGGACGUUAAUAUCAGAAACAAUUACUGGCAAUGAUGGUUAUCCACUGUAUCGUCGCCGAUCAAGAGUAGACAAUGGAAGAACAACAAUUGUCAAAUUAAAUCAACAUGAUAUUGAAAUAGAUAAUCGUUGGAUUGUUCCAUAUUCACCAAUUUUAUCAAAGACGUUCAAAGCACACAUAAACGUUGAAUCUUGCCAUUCAGUGAAAUCUAUUAAAUACAUUUGCAAAUAUGUAACCAAAGGGAGUGAUAUGACUGUGAUUGGAAUUGGUGCAGAGAAUUACAAUGAUGAAGUUACUCAAUACUAA